CUGCAGUAUUGGUAAGUUGUAUUACAUAGUUACAGCGUGACAACAGUAUUGUUUUUGCACUUCGGAUACAAUGAAAUAUUACUGCAGGUGCAGAGAGGAUCGAGUCAGUGCGUGACAUAGCCAGUGAUGGGGACAAACAGCCAGAGCACCACCAUCAUGGAAAGUGAGGAUGACGUCCCAGCUCCCUCUCAGUUCAGCGACGACACAGCAGUGUGCAUUGUUUCUGUGAAAGGCUUAAAGGAGAACUGGCAGAAGUGGUCUGACGAGCACCAGGAGUACCAGAAGCACAAUCCCUUCAGUCACGACACCAGGCCCAGUGUGGUGGUCCCUCAGAGGGGGCAGGACGACUAUGGGAGGCCCUUGCAGGGCUCCAUGACAGCGCAGCGGGGGAAAGAUGCUCACACACAUAUCAGCAGAGAGGUUCAGGAGCUGUGUGAGGUGAUAAAGAACAUCGGAGAGAUGAGACACCGCGAUGAGGGUGGAAGCAGCGGCGAUGGGAAAAUGUUCACUGUAGAAUUUGGGAAGCUGUUUGAGCAUUAUGUGACUAUCUCCAAUAAACUGGUGGGGAUUCUUCUGCGAGCGAGGAAGCAGAGGCUGGUUAACUUUGAGGGGGAGAUGCUGUGGCAGGGGAAGGAUGACCAUGUAGUUAUCACUCUGUUACAGUGACCAGACACUUGGAUUAGUGUUGAUGCCUUGAUUCAUGUUGCAUAUGCAGUGGCAGGUACAGAGCUGCUUCAUGGCAGCACUCACUGUAGUCACAUAAACGCACAUGUAUUUAGAAAUAUAGCUUUUCUUGCUGACACAACUAACAACUAAAAACCUCAGUGGCUAAUAAUUCAAACCACCUCCACCUCUCUUCAAGCUACAAACAUAAGAACUACUGAGCCUGCUAUCCAGAGCACAGAUACAUGCAGGAGUCAAAAACAAUAAAAUUUAUUGUUAAGGGGAAUCAAAUCACAGGUAUUACAAACUAAAAGUUUAAAGGGGAAAUAUUAGUUGAAGUUGAAAGUUGGAACUUAACAACAGAAAUACGAGAUACAUACUGUAUGUAUUCAUGCUUUUUUAAAUUUUCAUUUAUUUACAUUAUUUCAUCUACUACAUUUCAUUUAGUGUUGCUAUACUACACCAGGUCUAAAACACAAUGGGAAAAGUGAACAACUUUUUAAUAUGGGGAAAGUGGAGGAGUGGGCAGCUGAAAUGAAGUCAGAGUGGUUAAUGAGAGUGAACCAAAGCCAAAGAGAACAUGAGGCCACCUGUGACAGACAAUAUGGUGCUAUAGGAUGAACCUGAUCCCACUUGGCUUGGGUGCUUCAGAGCAUGUAUUUAUUACAAGUGUGCUUGUAAUUUAGGCAACCUUGUUAUAGGAUGAAACCUGAGCCACGCUGAGACUGAUAUACAAUAAACUCAUGUGCUGCUUUGAUUGGAGUGAGAAGUUCACAGUAAAGAACUAUGCACUGACUGAGAGAUGCCAUGAUAUCUGCUGCUGCAGUAAUAGCCAUGCAAAUUAAUGAGCUUUCUUAACAUGAGCAGUAGUAGAGUGAUAAAUGAGCAAGUGCUGCUUAUGAUCUUAUAAUAAAGAAAUAAAAGACACA